UACGAUACGAGAGUAUUCUCUCCUUUUAGCUUGUACUCACAGUUUCCGAUGCCAUACUGAACUUCGUCCAUUCAACUUAUCCGAUCGCAAAGCAUUAAGAAAAGAAGAAUGCCACCUGCCCCGGUUGUUGAGUCCGCCGAGCCUGAGCAGGAGAGCCACCAAUUCUCGUCUGCAGCCGAAUUGGAGAAGAAGCUUCAGUGUGAUGACAAACCGAUUGUUGAAGACGUGGAUGACGAUGAGGAUGAUGACGAGGAUGAUGAAGAUGACGGAAAGGAGAACGGGGCUCUUGGUUCAAAUGAGAGUUCAAAGCAGAGCAGGAGUGAAAAGAAGAGUCGCAAGGCUAUGCUGAAGCUGGGUAUGAAACCAGUUACUGGGGUUAGCAGAGUAACCAUUAAAAGAACAAAAAAUAUUCUGUUUUUCAUAUCAAAACCUGAUGUGUUCAAAAGUCCAAAUUCUGAGACGUACGUGAUAUUUGGAGAGGCAAAGAUAGAGGAUUUGAGUUCUCAGUUGCAGACACAAGCUGCUCAGCAAUUCAAGAUGCCAGACAUGGGGCAUGUGAUGGGAAAACCAGACAUUUCUGGUACUGUGGAAGCUGGAGCAUUGGGAGAAGAGGAGGAAGAGGAAGAAGAGAUUGAUGAAUCUGGGGUGGAGGCUAGGGACAUUGAUUUGGUAAUGACACAGGCUGGCGUCUCCAGGACCAAGGCAGUAAAAGCUCUCAAGACUCACGACGGGGAUAUUGUAAGUGCCAUAAUGGAGCUCACAACUUGAGUCAUACCCUCUCCCAUCCGUUUUCUUGCUUUGCUUUUGGUGGUGAUUCAUGAGUUCAUAAGUUAAAAAGUCUCCACCUUAAUUUGCUUGCUGUCAAUUCAAGUUUUUGUACUUUCUAUUCAUUUUGCCUUAUUCUUCUUCAUUUGUUUGUUGUUAUAGCUGCCUGGACAUCCAAUUCCAUUUACAUAGCCAGCUUCAUAUUGUGACUUGUUCUUGUAGUUAGACUUAUUGGAUUACUUCUUUCUUUCUUCUUUCUUGGAGGGUGUAUGCAUUUAUGGAUGCUUUUUAGUUUGACAAGUACGAACAAAAACAAUUACAAUUCAAUGAAAUGGUAGUUUAUCAAAA